CAUUCUUGUUAAUCAUCAAUAAGGUCUUUUUUUUCCGAAUGUUUGCACAAAAUACUAUCUGAAUCCUAUGGAAAACUGUAGUUUUUAAUGCAUAGUGGAUUUGCGUUUUUGCUGUCUUCCAGGGAAUAGUGCUAUUCAGUUGAAUAGAUUGAGUAUAUUGUCCAAAAAUUUUAUUACUAUGCAACUGUUUAAUGAUCCGGAUGUGAAGUGAACUGGCGAAUUGCUAUGCAGUGUUUGCAUUAAAGGAAGAGAUUUCUGUGAUCAGGUGCAGAUUCUUCAACGAAGAAUCACGAAAUAUGUGCAAAUAGUGUGGAGUGUUGCAAUGUACACGUUUUUGUAAUAGAAUAUGGCAAUGUAAAAUGUAAACAAGAAAUCUGCACCCCAAGAUAAGUCUUAAUAUUGAAGUUUCGCGGCGUCGCCGGUGUUAGGUUGACACAGCAAAGAAAAAAAAAUAUAAUUAUCAUACAUUGGUCUCAUAAGGCAGAUAUCGCACUUCCGAUGGAGCUCUCAACGUGUGAACACGUUGGUUUGUGGACAGUGCUUUAGAAGUUCGAGUAAUUCGCGAGAAGGAAAGAAAACUUGUUUGCACUGUAGUGACUCGGUAGUGCGACGCGGUAUUUAAAAAAAUAGUUAUGUGUUUACCCAAAAUAUAGAUAGCUAUAGUUUCUAUGAUUUUGAUAGAAGAUGAAGCAAUUUGGCAUUAGCACAGCAUCUACUGCGGUGGCUUUAACACAAAGGUACCGACAUAUCUAAUAUAAGUUAUAUUCAGUUUUUGAAGUUGAAGUCUCUCACCCACACACACAUUUUUUUAAUUGAUAUCGAAUAUACUCAUAGGUCAUGAAUUGGUACUACAACUUGUUAGCGCGACGGCCUCUUUUCGUUGUCGUAUCGGUUGGUGUUUUCUCCGUCGCCUGUAUCAUGGUAUCUCUAAUCACUCGAAAUCUCCCUGAUUUCGAUGAUCCAACGCUAGGCUUUGAAGCUCGUGGCACUUCGAUCAGUAAACGAUGGACAGCGUGGCGUAAUCUGUUAGAAGAAACUAGUGCUUCCGGUAGGUUAAUUGCCAACCCUAAAGAGUUAGUGGAACAAACGAGAACCGACUUCAGUUACGGUUUCAAAAAUCCUAAACGUAAAAAGAACAAAAAGAAAGCAAAGGCUAACGUAGAAAAGCAUAAAUUAAACAAGAGUAUUCGAAUUCUCAAAGAUUUAACCAUCAACAAAUCUUCGAAUGGAGAACUAGUCAAUUUUGAGGAAUAUGAUAACGAAACUUUUAGUAGUAGACACAAUAAUUGGGAGUAUGGCAAAAAUAUGUCAUUUUACACGGAGGAAAGUGGCAACAAAACGAUGGAGAAAAAGCGUGCAAAAUGGGACUCGUUGAGAAACCUAAAACCUCCUCCUGACCAGACCGAUGUACAUAUACCAUCUGACGGAUUCUUCUGUGAAUCCCCUAAUAAAGAAUUUGCUCAUUUUGUUAUACAGCGAGUAAAGCAUAAUUUGAAUGACACCUUGUUCGAGCUCAAUGCCUUUCUGGCUAUGUGCGAUUUGGAGCAGCAAAUCGUCAAUAUUGAAAAUUACGCCAAUCUGUGCCAAAAGGAACUCACCACUGACAACUGUUGUCGUCCAUGGUCGAUCGUGAACUACGUCACGUAUUUAUCAAACAAAACAUCCUGCUUCGAUCUCAACGAGGAGGAUAUUGCUAUGGUGAAAACUUUACUGUUUGAUUGCUAUCAGUAUUACCACUAUAUGAAGCUCAGCAACGACUGCGUUCGAUCGAACUGCGUGGUUCCGAAUGAGUGCAAACAACACAACGCUGUAUAUAACAUUUUGCACUAUUUAGCAGAUGCAGAUUUUAUUAGGAUAAAUGAUUCUUCAGAGUUCCUAAACGCCACAAUGAUAUUUUUUCCGAUUGCCAGGAGUACUAAGUCUCUUCCGUUUUAUCACAGUUUACGGCAUAAAAAUCUUGGUAACGAAUUGGUUGCUGUGAUGGCAAUCGAUAUGGGCCUCAAGAAUGCUCUCUUUGAUGAGUGCUUACUCAAGGAUGGCUGGCUUGUGGGACUUGGUGGAAUUUUUGUCAUAAUCUCCAUGUGGAUCUACACGAAAUCGUUAUUUGUCACGUUAAUGACCGUGGUUGCUGUGAUCUUUUCGCUAGGAAUUGCCUACUUCAUUUACACGUUGAUUUUCGAGCUAACCUUUUUCCCAUUCAUGAACAUGUUGACGGUGGUGGUGAUCGUAGGAAUUGGGGCCGAUGAUGCAUUCAUUUUCUUGAAAAUAUGGCAAUGUGUCAUAGCAGAUCGAAUGAAAAUCGGUGCUGCUGUGAUAGGAUCGUUAGAUGCUGCCGCGACUCGAUCGGAUACUCUGGUGGGGAUCAUGGGUAGUACCCUCAAACAUGCAGCACUGUCGAUGUUAGUAACUUCACUGACAACAGCAGCGGCAUUCUAUGCUUCAUAUGUUAGCUCGAUAACAGCUGUCCGGUGCUUUGGUAUAUUUUCCGGUACGGCUGUAAUGGCCAAUUAUUUGUUAAUGGUAACGUGGCUGCCAGCAACAGUAUCAAUUGCAGAACGCAUCACCUGUUUCUCGCUGGUCAAGCCGGUGGAUAAGUUUAUCGAUAAACUUACGUUUCCCUUAAAGACAAUUAGUCGAAUAGGUAGGAAAAUAGAGGACAUCAUAAUAUCAUUAGUAAUUAGUGUUCCAUUGUUGUGGAUAGUGGUACUAGGUGUAAUAGGUGUUUUAAGUGGUGUUAUGGUGUUGCAUUGGCCAAAAUUGACACUGCCGGACUCGCCGAAUUUUAAAUUGUUCAUCAGUAGCCAUCCGUUUGAGCGUUAUGAUAGCGACUAUAAGGAUCUUUUUUGGUUUGAGAAAGUAUACAUAGCUACUGAUACCUUCAAGCUGCCACUCCGGUUUGUAUGGGGAGUCCAACCGGUCGAUAGUGGAAACUUCUUGGAUCCGGAAAGUAGAGGAUCGCUAUAUUUUGAUGAUAGUUUUAAUAUGAGUGCACCAGAGUCGCAACAGUGGUUGCUCAGUUUUUGUAAGAAUCUGAAAAAGCAGACUUUCUACCAGAUGAGUUACGGACUUCUUCUGCCAAAUUGUUUCAUCGAGAACUUCAUUAACUGGAUGUCUAGGCGGUGCAACGAUUUUAUGGAUGAAAUAGAUCGAACUCCUUGCUGUGAAGUGUCAUCUUUUCCGUUUGCUCCGGAUGUUUUCGAGCAGUGUUUACCGGAGUCUAUUUCCAGUUUGUAUGAGACUCCUAGGCAGUUUUUCAUUCCCGGAGUGGCGGGGCCCAAGUUUGCAAGACGACCAUUCAACAAUGACAGCAGCUCUCCGGUGCCCGUUAAAGCUGUUGUAAUCGAGUACGAGAGCAACCAGAUCUUCACGAUGUCAUAUACGGAAAUUGACAGCUUCGUCAGGUCGGUAGAAGAUUGGUUGGUGCGAAUGUUGGAAGAUGCUCCUCAAGGAAUGAAGAAUGCUUGGUUCAUAAGUGAGUUGGAAUUUUUCGAUCUACAAGACACUUUGUCCACCGGGACCAUGGUGGCUAUCUGUAUGGCAAUGGGGGUAGCUUUGUUAGUUUUGCUGUUAGUGACAUUAAAUGUGUUAAUUAGUUUGUAUGCUAUAGUGACCGUCACAUUCACGAUUUUGACGACAGUGGCCGUUCUAGUGCUACUGGGAUGGAAAUUAAAUGUACUUGAAAGUGUAGCGGUUAGUACAGCGAUAGGUUUAGCGGUUGAUUUUAGCUUACAUUAUGGAGUACACUAUAGAUUAUCGACCGAUUCUGACCGUAAAUCAUCGACAUAUUUCUCUUUGUCUAGAAUGAUUGGGCCUACGGCGAUGGCAGCGAUAACCACCGCUGUCGCUGGAGCAUUGAUGUUACCCUCGAGUGUACUCGCUUAUAUUCAAAUUGGUGUGUUUUUAGUGAUUGUUAUGUCUACCAGUUGGGUCUAUGCAACUUUUUUUUUGAUGAGUCUUCUUAGAAUGAUCGGACCGCAGUAUGGAUUUGGUCAGUUCCGCUACCCGAAACUGCGCACUGGGUUCCGUGAAAACAACAAAAGCCAAAUGGAUGCCAAUAACCGGCAGGAUAUUGAUCAUCAAAACACUGUUUCAGAGCAACUAUUGUCUAAUUCGAGCUCAGCGGCCGGUGAGCUGGUUGGAUCCGAAUCUCAUGAAUUGGACUCUUUGACGUCUAAUUCAAUUGUCAAGCCUAUCAAUCUGGACAUUUUGAGACCCAUCAAUUUCGAUAGGGCCUUCAAGAAAAAAUACUCAUUUCCUCGAGAACAAAGUCCGUCAACGGCCAGUGCAAUCACUGUGGUUUUGCCUGACGAUGUAGACUAUCGUAAUGGGUAAAUGUGAUUGGUGAUACAAAGAAAUAUUUUGCUUUUAAGAUUUAUGGUGUAGUUUAAUGUUACGAUGUUGGUAUCGUAAAGAUCUGUACUGAAUUUAUCAUGUUGAUAACUGUAUUUAAGCUGAAGUAUCAGUCAUAUAUCAAAAAUAACGUCUGCGAUCUUUAAUAUUUACAAUUUUAAAAUAUUUUUUAUAUUCUUUCGAUUCUACUCUGGAAAAGAGCAAAAUAUCUGUGUUUUUCGUACGAAAAUAAAUAGGUAGAAUUUAUUUAGGAUUAUUAUUCUCUAAAAUGGACCCUGAAUAAUCGUUGUCUAAGGUUUUGGAAUCUGACUUCCUAGGGAGUUGGAUAAGGAAUUUAUUUAUUUAUUUAUUUGUCAAACAAAUGUAGACUACUUACAAAAAAAAGUUACAAUGGUUUCUUAUAUGCUAUACAUUAUUUCUAAAAUUUGGUUUCAAUUUUUCUUUUAUUUGUUUCCUGGACAUAGUUAGAUCGAUUUUUUGGCAGUUUUCGUUAUAAAAGCACAUCAUUUGAUUAACAGGAUUAUUUUUGGCAUAAUUUGUUUUAUUUUUUUUUCCGAGAAUAUUUGACGACUUCUGAGAUGGCGACUAGGAGCAUAAAAUUUUAGUUGUGAAAGCAAUGAUUCAGAUUGUACUCGUGGAGAAAGAAUGUCGUUGAUAAAAUAAACCAUUGCAGUUUUGCGGCGUUCUUCGAGUGUUUGUAAGUUUAUGAGCAUACAACGCGUUCUACUUAGGUACACGGGUUCCAUACUAUGCUGCAGUAAUCCAAAAUUGGCCUGACGUAAGUUGUAUAUAAUAAUUUUAUUGUGUAAGGGUCCUGACAAUUAUUACUGAAACGUUUAAUGAAGCCUAACAUACUAUUUGCUUUAUUGACAAUUGUAUUAUAAUGCUCCACGAAAGUAAGUCUUGAGUCUAAAAUUACGCCUAGGUCUCUAAUAAUUUUACAUUUUUCUACAGAUUUGCUGUUGUAGUUAAAGUUGUUAUUUUUACUGCGUGUACUGUAAUAUUUGUUUCUGUUAUUGUUGUUGUUGAAAGUUGUAUUAUUUUGUUGUUUCCGAGUCAGGGGAUUUUUCUUUCUAAAAGACUUUUUCAAAAUCACUUGCUUCACUACUCACAAUGUAUUGCCGUUUUAACGCUACAAACUGCAAUCCAAGAGAGAGGUAGAGCCUCGUGUGCUCUACCGUUUUAUGAAACAAAUAUGCCUGUAAAAGUGUCCUCAGCUUUCGUGUUUUCUUUUGUUUUGGGAUAAAUUUUGGAUCUGAUGGAGAGAUCCGUGUAGUUGACCGAUGCUUGUCCUGAAGUGUGUGUUCCUGUAGGUUCCUCAAUGUUGAUGGUUUCUUGUCGAAUUUGUUCGGAUUGCCUGUGGUGUUUGGUGAUGGUGAGUGAUAUAGUUUUUGUUUAAACGCGAGCUUUCGCACCUCCGCAUUUUUGUUAAUAAUGACGGCUUGGAAAGCGUCUCCUAAAAUCUUUGGUUUAGAAUUUCUUAUGAUGGACGCGAGCGGCUCGCUGAUUCCAUCUAAGAAUUUUGUAAUUGUUAUAUAGAAAUUAUAUCAUCUGGGAUGGCAACAUUGGGUGUAGCUGAAGGUUAGCUCUCAGUUUAGUAUUCAGUUCUUUAAUGUGCAUAGCCUAUUUACCCGCGCAGUCCGACCGGCGUGCGUCGAGGAUUGGAGGGAUGUUUUCUUUUUCACGGUCAGAAAAUAAUAGAUUUUUUUUCUUCUGUUAUUUUUUAAACUUUUAUUUACUUCUGUUUCUUUACAAUUAACAGCACGGUUCUAUUCUCAUGCCCAUGGGCAGCAAACUCUUAAAAAAACCGUUAUUAUUCGUUAUCUUUUUUCGGUAACACUAAAGUGGAUCUACGCUUCUAGUGCCGUAUGUUUUGUUCAUGGAAAAUAGCUAGAAUCCCUCAGUGCAUAGUUCUUCUUCCACUUGCAACCAUCAGGCUAUGUGCUGACAAAUCUGUUUUUUCGUGCCUUUUUAUCGGCCACAUUUACCGGAUUAUUUUCUUAUUACUAUUCAACACUGUUUCAGGCUUCUCUGUCAGCCAUAUUUAGCGAAUUCUCUUCUUCCUACCACGACUAUUAACACGAGAACGAUAUUUUUCCUUUUAUUGUUCACCGCACAAUGACUAAGAUUUUCAUCUCGUCCUCAAAAAUUUCACUUUCAGUCAUGUAUUGCUACGGCAACUGCGACUUGCGACUUUUCUGAAAAACUGAUUGCACUUGAACUCACGUGAACUGACUGUCCGACUAACGGUUAUCUACCGCUCACUCUUUGGAACCGACUAACUUGUGUUUUGUUGUUACUCGUCGCGUUUACGCUGACGUGAAGGCUUGCCUGAAAGGUGAUGAGUUUUUCCUUCACGGCUUCCUACCUUUUCUACGAUACUAGCAAAUUCAAAGGAAAAUUUGCUAAGGGCGCUGCAUGUCCCCUUACUUACUGAGCUUGAUGUUACCUGAAGGGUUAACAUCAAGUCGAAUGCGUUGGCUUAUAACAUUGAGGUUUGUAGCUGGAUCACAAAUUUCUGUGUUUCUAAUUACUGUUGCCCAACUUAUUUACACAUGGGAUUUUUUUUCUUCUUGUUUUCGUUUUUUGCUAUACGUGAACUAAAUUUCCUAACCUUACGGUGGUCCUUGUGUGUGUGUUCUCCUUUGACGUCAUCCUGUUCCAUGGUAUGCUUCUAUCGUUGCUUUAUCUGUGGAGUGAUCGAACGGUUGCUAGUCUCGGACUCUGGGUACCAAGUCGGUUUUCAUUCCUAAUAGCUCGUUGGCUUCUCGUUGAUUAGUCAUGUAUUGGUAUUUUGUAUUGUUGCUUCUCAUCAAGGCUUCUCGUUGGUUAGUCACUCGCUUCAUUGAGUAUAGUUACGAAUUAAUCGUUGUCUCAUUUGAGUUUUGGGCAUCAUCGUUCCGAAAGAGGAGAUGAAACUUCUUCGUUGGGUACAAUAUGUUGAGGCUCCUAGCAGCUUUUAUGUAUUUCAUUUGAUUUCGUGGUUAUUUUCUUCGUAGUGUUUUUAGUUUUCCACGUAUUGAUAAACUUUGAUUUUCAUAUGUUUGUUUAUGGUAUUCAGUUGAGCUUUGGCGAUGCUCACUGACUAAAUGUGGGGUAGCAAUUUGUAACGUUGUGGCAUACCCACGCAAGUCAUCUUCAACUGUGUUGACUGCGUUUACUUCCUUCUUGUUUUGUUAUUAGUUGUACUUGUUGAUGUAGCAAUUUGUAGCAUUGCCAUUACUUCGAUUUGUUAUCACGUCUUCCAUAUUAAGCUUUUUUCGUGAAUUUGCUGCCUCGAUUUUUUUUUCAACUCGUAAUUGCAUCGAUUUUUCAGCUCUGCUGUUCUUUCUUCUGACAUCUUGGUGAUUCCCCGGUUCCCUUUGUCUCCAACUUGCCACCGCCUCCGAUCACGUCCUCUCGUUCUCUUAGGUAGCUUGGCUAAGCUACCGACAUCCUUCCUUCUGCGACGACUAUUUUUCGAGCACACACACAUUUUGGGACUCCAAAAAAAAUUUUGUAUGAUUCUGUGCCUUUAAUGUAAUUAAAAAUGAUGUUAUUAUUUGUAUAUACUUUUUUUAUAAUCGCAUUGUGCAUCAUAUUCUCUUAUUUUUUUUCAUUAUCAUAUCUUUGUGCACCGUAAAAUUUUUUUUUGUGUUUUCGUUAUCAUAUUUGUUCUAUCUUAUUAGUGAGAACUAUGUUGAUGCAGGUCGAAAACCCGUCUGUUGCCAAUACGUCUGUCUGUGGAAAUAAAAUUGUUAUUGAAGUUGCGGCAUGCGAAUGCUUGUUGCAGGUUAUAAUGAAUCUUUUCUAAACUGUCCCGCAACUAGCUUCUAUGCCAUGUUCAUUUUAAUGGUGUCUUACCAUCCUUGCCUCCAUAGCUUCAAAAGUCGUCCUUCCGUUCAAUUAUCGGAAUCGCUUCUAAACUGGUCGGUUGUGUAGUGUCCAUGCCGCAGCUUCUCUCUCCCACUAUCUGAGCUGGUUCUUUCAGUGCGUGUUCCUUUUUUUUUCUUUCUAAAAAUAAACUCCAAUCUUAAUACCUACCUGGUCAAAAGGAAACAUGUUAAUACCCCAUACAAGGUGGAACAAGCGGCUGAUGCGAAGCGGAGAAAAAGAUGUCAUCAACGCUAAAAGAACAUAACUAAAAACGACGCAGUAAAUUGUUUUUAGAAUAAAUUAGAAUAUUCGAAAAAAAGAAAUCCAGAUACAACAAAAGAAGCCUUCACUCCCACACCGCAUCGGGUAAAGUAUAUAUCUUGCCCGGUCCAAGAAUAUCCACUAGCAGCCUCAUCUCGUCUGGGGUGGCGGGCCCAGGCAUCCGCGAAUACGCCCAACGACGGCGAACCCAGGCCAUGAUUUCCAAUUGUAGUUCCCCCACCGCCAUUCUAUCGACCGAAGUCGGUACGGAAUACCACGCAUGUGUCAUUUUGCCGGGCACACUACACUCAGAACGCGAAGAAAAAAAAAAAAACUGACGAUAACCCAUGCGAAACGGCAGGCUUAAAUAUCAAAAGCCGCGCAAAGUUACGCGAACGCGCGGCGGUCAGUUUUUGCAAAAUCGGCAGAAGCGCGAACCAAACCAGCAGCCUCGCUAUCCAGCCGCGAAGCUGGAUUACAAACGCAUGAAAUUAAUGUCUCUAAUACGAAAUAUUACAUAUUUCGCUGAUAUUUUUCCAUUCUUGGUAUAUUUUCCAUGAUUUUAUCUUAUCCAUUGUUUUCUUUACACUUUGGUUUUAAGUUUUUCGUUGAAUUCUUAUGUCCACGUAUCAUUGCAUUUCAGUUUAUUACUGUAUAUUACUUUUCUAAUGUCUCUUUGAUACUUUUUUUUAAUUAUCUUGGUAUUCAGUGCUAACGCUCGGUUCCUCAAUCCGUAUACUUUUUAAAUCGGUUAUUGUGAACAAUUUCUGGUCUAUUCCCAUUUUUUAUAGUUGUUGUUUGCUUGUGAGGUAUGAAUCGUCCAUAGAAAUUUACUGUUUCUAAGAAGGACCGAACACCUUUGACUGUUUUUGGUGCCGCCAUCUCUUUUAUUGUUUUCAUAUUGUCUUCCAUAGGACGAAUUCCUUCUCUGUCAAUUACAUGUCCCAAAUACUUCAUUUCAAUUUCAUUUUUCAAAAUUUGGCAUUUACCUGGCUCGACUUUUAGAUUAUGUCGGCGGAGAGCCUCUAAAACUUUGCGUAAGUUUUCAUUGUGUUCUUCGAUGGUAACACCGAAAACAAUUAUAUCAUCCAGAUAUACGAUUGCUUUAACUCCUUCUAUCUCAUAAAGGCCCAUAGGCAUUCUUGUGUAUUCAAAGUGGCCUUUUGGAGUCGAAAACGCUGUCUUGGCUGCAUCUUCUGAGUUAAUUGGUACUUGGGAUAUUCACUUUUUGUUAUAUCAGUAUAGCUUAUAGCUUUUUCCAGUCAUCACUGUGACUUUUACUGACCCAAUCGCCUGUGAUUGAGUUCCAUCAAAGCCUGCAAUGUUUAAAUUAUCCUUAUAGUUUAUGUUCUCUGAUCCUAUUUUCGCGACAGUAUCCCAUCUCAUUACGUUAUAAAAUGCUCCAGUAUCGAGCAAAUAUUUAAUUUUUUCGUUAGGUCUAUUUGUUGCAGCAACUUUUACAAAUAACUUAUUGUUUUUAGCACACUCUAUUUUUUACAUUUCGUGAGGCGGCAUACCUUCUUGCCAUUGCCCCGUGUAAUUUUUUUGUCGUUUCUGUACACAGCCUACCCUGUGGACUAAGCUUGUUUUGAUCAUCUGCUUGGUAUUUUUCCUGAAUUUUGACAUUGUUAUCUGCCUCGUAUUUUGAGACUCUGUUCUCCUGUUUCUGAUGAGCUUCAUAUGAUUCUGUUUUUGGUUCAUAGGUGAUGAGUAUUUUUCGUAAGCAUAUCCAACCUUGGUCAUUGUGUAUGCUAGUCACAUACUUAUUCAUAAAUGUCAUUCCCAAAAUACCCCCUGGAGUCAAAUUCUCCUCUACGUCAAACUUCGUUUGAAAAAUUCUUCCUGCGAUGAUGAAGUUUAGUUCUACGGUACCUAAUGUUUUUCUAACAGUACCUGUUACCCCGGAAUAUUCUAUGACUUCGUUUUCAUUAAUUAUUCAAAGCUCCAGAAACUCCUUCAGCGGUCGCUAUGCCGUAAAGUAACUUGCCUAUCGAGGUUUCUCGAGAAUCCGGAAACCCUGCCCAGGCCCUCAGGGCAUAUUCCUUGAUUUCAAAUGGUACAAUGUUAUUUAAUCCGUUAAUAUAAGCCAACCAAGCUCUUGGUUUUUUCUCUCUGGGAGCUGCAUCUACAUCAACUUCAUCAGACACUCCGAUGGUCUUUAAAGGUGUACAAGUAGGAUUAAAUUGUUCCUCUAAUGAUGCAAUGUUGCCAAAUACAUAAUGGACGACAUAAGCAUUAGCCAGGACGUUGUUUUGCUCGGGUGUCCCUACUAAGACAGCAUUGGCGGAUCGUUUAAGCCCACUGGCCAUCCCUAUAGCAUGUAAGAAUAGAUUCAGAUCAGGGUUUUCGACAGCUGAGUAAGGAGACCGUGGUGACAGACUUAGAUCUCUAAAGUACAUAGCGUACGAAUCAAUUUGGUCCAUCUCUUCUCCUAUUUUGACCACUCUCAUAAAUUGAUCACCCAAAUUGCGGGUCCAGAUCCACGGUGCAAAUGCUGUAAAUGUCAACCCAAGUAGCUUAGUUAACAUAUAAGUACUUAUCAGAGCAGAACAAUCCCGGAAUCGGCAAACUACAGUCCCGAUGCGGGCUGGGGAAUAUUGAUGCAUCGGGAAUUUAGAUAAGUACAUAUCUAACCCUGCCAUUAAUUUCACAUAAUUCGGAUCUCCCUUCCAUGAGUCAAAAUAUAGGUUAACCUCAUUCAAAUUAACUAUUUCACCUUCCUCGCCCCCUAUCAGUGAACGAAUCGCUGUUUUCAGCUUAUCUCUAUACUCUUCCACGACUGCCCCCUCCAAUCGGUUAUAAGCAGUGAUGGCGACUAUGUAUUUUUUAAUGUCUUGAUCCGGUAUUGUCUUUGUUCCAUUAAUCAACUCUGCUGUCGCUCCCUCCGUAAUGUCAAAUAGAUCAUCUAGCUUACACUGGUUGCCCUUCUUACAAAUAUUAAGUCCAAAGCUCGACCAAUCUUUUUCACACAAGAAUGGUUUUCUCGCCAUUUCAAUCCUAAUAAACAGUAGGGCCACUGUAGAGGUUAAAGUUCCCAUCGACAACCCUUGUAUAACAGUCUCGUGGAGAUUACUUCGAUUGACAUUAGACAGGGGAGCGAGGUUUAUAGGAGGUUUCUUGCCGGGGUUGGCCGCCAACCAGGCGGAAGGGUAAGCAAUUGGUGGAGUAGAAGCAACAACAAAGUUGUUAACAGGGGUCCGAAGAUCAGGAUUUUCAGAAACACGGAGCAUAGACGCAUCAUCAUUUACAGGAGUAUCAGUCAUUUUAAGAAAGCAAGGAACUACAGUUAUCUCUUCCUAUAUUUUGCGAUUUGUGUUGAUUGUAUAUACUCCCAUGUACUCUGCGUUUCGUCUACUUAUCAAGUUGCCAGGUGCUCCAGUGUCUACCAGCAACUGCAUCUCGUUAUUUGGUUCAUUUGCCGUUCUCAAAAACAUUCUAAAUUCGUUGUCUUUCGUCUUAUGUAAUUUGAUCCAUAUCCCAUCUUUACGUUUUUUGCUAUCUUUUUCUUCACUGUGAUUGUUCGCAUCACUCUUCAUUGGUUUUCUAUUAUCGUCAUUUUCAAAUGUCACUGUAGAACUUUUGAUUACAUUUCGUUUCAUAUGAAACAAUUGAUUUAGGUUAGUGGAAAAAUCGUGCUGGUCUCCGAAAUUUUCUCUGAGUGUUUGUAUUAGCAGGGAAAUCGUGUUUGAGUAUCCGCUAGUGCAUACUGCAGUACGCUCUUCCGCUUUCAGUUUAUUUUUUGUCGCUCUGAAAUAGUGCGAAUUGAAAGUGUUGGGAGCGCCCCGCUCACCCUUUAUUUUGAACUCUUCAUAAAGUUCAUAUACACCGAUCGUUCCCUGAAUUAAGUUUCAAAAUUGAGCGAUUUGCUCUUUCAAUUGCUCGAUCUCAAAAUUACGCGUCUCUGAUAUUUUUAUACACGUGAAAAAUGGGAUUCAACUACUUACAGUAAGGUUUGUAACAUUGAUCCCUAUUGGAGUGAGCGGAUUGGUCGUUGUCGUCUUGUAGGCUCGCUGUCGCUGCGGUGCUCGAAGGAUCCAGUUGGUCUCGUGCUGAUGCUGAACGUGAACGGCUUCCAAGGAAUCGUUGUCGUUGCGGUGCUCGAAGGUUUCGGUCGGUCUCGGGCUAAUGCUGAACGUGAACGGCUUACUAGAGCUGUCACGCCAAUCACUUCUAUUUUCAUACUCACUACUAUCCCAUCUCUGACACCAGUCAGGGGAUUUUUCUUUCUAAAUGACUUUGUAAAAAUCACUUACUUCACUACUCACAAUGUAUUGCCGUUUUAACGCUACUAACUGUAAUCCAAGAAAGAGGUAGAGCCUCGUGUGCUCUACCGUUUUAUAAAACAAAUAUGCUGAUGCGACAAAUAGAGCUACCUGUCUUGCUAUUGGUGUACCUACGUUUCGCGCCUUACCUACAAUGAAAUGAAAAUCUUUUUUAUAAUCAUUAGAUUUGUCAUAUGAAUCAAAUGCAGAAUAUAAUUUAUAGAAGUUUCAUGGAAACUUAUAAUCUUUAUUCAAAGUGUACGUUAAAUCUAAAUAGACGAUACCAUAAUGAAAGUUAUGAGAAUAUUCCAUAUAAUGUAUAUGGAAAUCCGAUGAAACCUAACUCGUUACAUAAUUUAUAUUCAUUGGAUAUGUCUUAUGAAUCGUACACAGAUGGUAUUUCACAAAAGACAUAUGACAACUUAUGACCUUUAAUGGAACUCUACAUAAAAUCUUAAUGAUGUUUAAUAAAUUUUAUAUCUUCAUAAUCUUUAUGAUAUUGAUAAAAAUACCAUAUACAAGUUGAAGCUGAAGAAGGAGUUGUGUCCUCGAUAUUCAUCAACUGCUUCAGACAGUUUUUUUUAGGAAGUUCCGUUAUUUUAGAUCGCUGACAAGACAGCUCAUACAAUUUCGUUCAAGAAUAUGCCCUAACGGAUUAUGAAAUAAUUACCCGGUACAUCUCAUCAUUCUUUCUGUCUAAUAAGAGGAUUUAAAUUAUUUAUUUAUAGUUUCGGGAUCCUACUUCUCCUUCGCAAAUAUAACGACUAGUAUAGCUCAAAUCCUCAAUAAAAGAAGUAGUUUCCGAUUCGUCUGGUAACUGUAAAUAUCCGAUGAAAUCAGCCAGUUCCAAAGAAGUAAGUGUAGCUGAAAUAUUAAAAUAAACUUUCAUUAUGAAACUCUUAACAUACGAAAAAUAUAACAAGUUUUUAAUAAGACAAUUAUAUUUAUUGUUUUAGAUUCCCUUAUGCACCAUUAUCCCAGUAUUUUAAUUAAUUUGUAUCUUAUAUGUAUCACUUAUUCAAUCAAAUAGCAAUAAUUUGAUCUAUAUAUAACUGGUAUAUAGAACUGGGAUG